UGCUUCAGACCAAGCAGGCUGCUGAUGACACUUCAUUUAAAUUACGUAAAAAAGAGAUAUAUUUCUGAAUUCCUUCUGCUUUCAUCAGAUUGCUACAGCUUGUUAGUAAGCCUUCUCCCAACUGUGUGUGACUGUGCCUGUGUAUGCUGCAUUACGGUGAUCAGAUGACACAAGGGUUUAAGGCCAACAGAUUAACUUUGUCCUAUCAGCGUCUGCUGCUUACUUGUAACACAGAGAGUGAGAAGGCUGAAUCAGAUCUGGGAGUAGUGGAUAGUUACUAGUCAUGGCACUCAAACUACUAUGCUUUCUCUUUGCCACUGGGCUGGUGGCAUAUUAUUUUUAUUUACCUAUUCCAGAUAAUAUUGAAGAAAAAUGGAAAGUUGUAUUAUUAGAUGCCACUUUUAGAAGCCUUGGACAUAUGGCUAAUCUGGCUGAGCUGCUUGGGAUAAAGCACUAUAUGGAUGUUAUGAUGCUUUUAACACUUGCUGAACAUACUGAAGUAACAUCUGAUGAACAUGUCAGUGUCACUGACACAAUAUUUAACAAUGUUCCAGUGCGGCUCUUUAUAUCCAAAAAAAAGACUGAGAAAUUAAUGAGAGCAAAUAUCUACAUUCACGGUGGUGGAUGGUGUUUAGGAAGCUCAGCCAUGAAGCCCUAUGAUCUCUUGGCAAGAAUGACAGCGCAAAAGCUUAAUGGAGUGGUUGUAUCAAUAGACUAUCGAUUGGCACCUAAGGUUCACUUCCCAACACAAUUUGAAGAUGUGUAUGAUGUAGUUAAAUAUUUCCUAGAUAAAGAAAUUCUUGCAAAAUAUUCUGUGGAUCCAAAGCGAGUUUCUAUAUCAGGAGACAGUGCAGGGGGGAACCUAGCUGCUGCAGUAACACAACAGUUGCUCCAAGACUCUGAAGUCAAUGUUAAAAUCAAAAUUCAAGGGUUAAUCUACCCAGUUUUACAGAACAUUGAUUUAAACACACCAUCUUAUCAAGAUAACGGGAACAUGCCUCUACUUUCCAGGGAGCUUAUGGUGCGUUUCUGGAGUGAAUAUUUCACUAAUGAUAAAGCUUUAAACACAGCAAUGAUGUCCAAUAGUCACAUAUCACCAGAUGAAGCAGAUGUGUUUAAAUUUGUAAACUGGAGCACUUUGCUGCCUGAAAAUUUGAAAAAGAAUCAUGUCUACUCAGUACCUGCUCAAGGUCAUUCGAAUUUUGUUAAAAAAUACCCAGGACUUUUAGACGUGAGAGCAUCACCCCUUUUAGUAGAAGAUGAAAAGUUAAAAGGUCUCCCAAUAACUUAUAUAAUUACAUGUAUGUAUGAUGUCUUACGAGAUGAUGGUGUCAUGUAUGCUGCAAGACUGAAAAAAGCUGGAGUCCAAGUUGAACAUGCUCAUUAUGACAAUACAUUCCAUGGUAUUAUGCUACUAAAUACCUGGCCUUUUGAUUUCUCUUUAGCACAUCACAUUACAAACAAAUACUUAGCUUGGCUUGAUGACAAUUUAUAAAAUGUGCAAGUCAACCUGUGAAUUUCUAAAUCAAAAGUUGAAAUACUUUAGUACACAUCAUACAACAACUAUGCCUUGAAAUCUUCAUUCCACCCUCCCAGAAUGCAAUAGUUACUUUAUGGGUUUUCACACUUUUUUUCUAGUGAAGAUUAGAACACCCUAUAUUUUAUAUUUGCUAAACAAUUAAAUUACUGUGUGUUCUUAUUUUGUAGCUUUGGCAGCAACAAAGGGAUAUUGUAAAUGUAUCCUGUGAAAUUAGUUUUAAUGGUUUUUUUUAUGACAGCAACUAUGUUUGUUUUUGUAAGAAACAUUAAACAGAUUUUGUAAAAUAA